AUGGCGGCUGGAAGACUUCUUUGGAUCACAACCGCUCUUCUUCGUCUAUGGCUUGGGGCUACCGACCUUUGCUAUGCUCAGUCCACUCUCCUGACCUUCCAAGACCUCCUGCCUGACGACCCUCGGAUGUACGACAAGAUGAGGCCCCCGAAGGUCAACGAGCAGCCCACCAUAGUCAACUUCCACGUCACGGUUAUGGGACUAGACUCUAUAGAUGAAAACUCUAUGACGUAUGCUGCGGAUAUCUUCUUCGCUCAGACCUGGAAGGACUUCAGGCUAAGACUGCCGGAGAAUAUGACCUCGGAGUACAGACUCCUGGAGGUGGACUGGCUGAAGCACAUGUGGCGUCCAGACUCCUUCUUCAAGAAUGCCAAGUCCGUGACCUUUCAGACCAUGACCAUCCCCAACCACUACGUCUGGCUGUACAAGGACAAGACCAUACUCUACAUGGUGAAGCUGACGCUGAAACUCUCCUGCGCGAUGAACUUCCUCAUCUACCCUCACGACACGCAGGAGUGCAAGCUUCAGAUGGAGAGCCUGUCCCACACGACAGACGACCUGAUCUUCCAGUGGGACCCUGAGGUUCCCCUCGUGGUGGACGAGAACAUAGAACUGCCCCAACUGGAGCUGAUCCAGAACAGGACUGCUGACUGCACCCAGGUUUACUCUACGGGUAACUUCACCUGUCUGGAGGUGAUCUUCAAGCUGAAGAGACGCCUCGGGUACCAUCUGUUCAAUACGUACAUACCGACGUGUCUGAUCGUCAUUAUGUCUUGGGUGUCUUUCUGGAUCAAACCGGACGCGGCUCCGGCACGAGUGACCUUGGGAGUGACCUCACUCCUCACACUCUCCACUCAACACGCCAAGUCGCAGGCUCAACUGCCUCCAGUCUCGUACCUGAAGGCUGUGGACGCUUUCAUGUCUGUGUGUACAGUAUUCGUGUUUAUGGCGCUCAUGGAAUAUUGCCUCGUGAACAUAGUUCUUGGAGACGGUGCCGGUAAACCUAAAGAAGCGGCCGAAGCGGCCAAGGCCAGGAUGCGAGCCAUCAAUAUCGACCGUUUCUCCCGCGUCUUCUUCCCUCUUCUCUUCUCCGUUCUGAACGCGACCUACUGGUUACAAUUCGCUCAAUACAUCUGA